AUGAAGGCACGAUUAUUGACUCGAAAAUGGCCCUGGCUUUCCAAACACAAGAAAGACAAGCCAACCAAAGCUGAUAACUUUCGGAAUAUAGAAGAACAAAAUGGCCUAAAGCUGCUUUAUGAUGCACCCGACGCUCAGAUGGACAUUAUCGCCGUCCACGGCUUGAACGGACACCGCGAGAGAUCUUGGACUGCUUCCAAUACUACCAAUUGGCUUCAGAGCCUUCUACCGACCGAUAUACCGCAUGCAAGGGUCCACACGUGGGGAUAUGACACGCCCAGCAACAACACGGCCCCCCAGACAUCGGUUUUUCAGCAUGCCUCGAAGAACUUGGUGCAUGAUGUUCAGAGAAUGAGAGAGGAUACUGCCACACAUGCUCUGCCUAUCAUCUUCAUCGCACAUAGUCAAGGCGGAACAGUGGUCAAAAGCGCGCUACUAUACUCUGAUAUAGAGCGAAAAAAGAGCGAAAGUACGUCGAUCGACGAUCGACAUAGUGUAUGCCUUGCGACGCGUGGAGUUAUUUUCAUUGGGACGCCCGAGCUGGACUCGAGGCUCAACGGACUGAGAGCUUACCUUUCUUCCCUCGGGGAAUCUGGUCAAGAUGAACCAGCAGAUUUGAAAGAAGCACGAUGGAUAGUGUCAGUUUUGGAAUCGUACGCAGCCAUUGCGGACAGAUUUAUUACUAUCUUUGUCUAUGAGUGUCUUGAUCAGAAAGAGCACCACGACACAUGGACUCAGACUGUAUCUGAAUCGCACCGCCUCUCCCCGCAUAUCCUGAUAAACAGCGACCACGGAAAUAUGAUUAAAUUUGGGUCACGGACGGAUCCAGGACCUUCAAUCAUCAAACUCACUCUUAAAGCAUACAUCGAUACCAUCUUCCACUCCUUUCAUUAA